GUUGAGAAGGCAGGUAGCAGUCGCAGAGGGCAGCAUGAGCGCCGAGCCACUGCCGAGGGAGCCUGUUGACGAGAAGCAUUACAGAAUGGCCUUAGCUGCAGUAAGUGCUCAGGGAGACAGGAAGGAGGCAAUGAAAAUACUGGAGGAAAAAUUAAACAAGGCUAAAGGUGAGCUGCUAAAACUGUCGAAUUCUUAUGACACUGCCCUUGAUGAUAUCCAGAACCACUACAUGAACGCCUCUUCAACCCUGACGUCAAUAAAAGAGGCAGCGGAAAAGGCUGUGGAUGCCUACAUGCUGGAGUUCCAAAGGAGACUAAGGGAUCAGCUGGAAAAGAUGGAAGAGCUUAAAAAGGCACUCUCACCUGUUCCAAAUAACAAGAUGAUCGCUGAUUCCUACUCUGAGAACGCCAUGACCAACAUCAGAAAUGACAACAAUGUGCUCUCCAGUGUCAUGGAGAUUCAUGUGGAAACUGUCCCAAGCAUCAGAUUUUUGGGCAAUGAAGCAUUCCUCUUCCGGGUGGUCAACAACAAGUUCCUUCCAUACUUUGGCUGCAUCACCAUAGACAACAAAGUAUUAGCCAGUGACUUGCACCUUCACCGGGACAUUGAUUCAGAAACUCAAGAGUACACAUUUCGUAUUGAUGUGCCCAAAGAAGCUUCAGAUUGUAAAGACCUUAAAUCCAGAAUCAAGUUUGAGGUUUUUCAAAAGGACACGGGAACAUCAAUAUUUCUUUCUCCAGUAUGGGUCACUGAUCAUUAUGAGGUAAAGUUUGGCUUCACGAAAAAGACACCUUUUUCAGUUGGUGUAUACCUCUUAGAUCAGCAUAUUUCUGGCAGCCCUGCAAAUAUUGAUCCUGAAAAGGACUUACUUGACAAAGAAACUUCUGAUAAUCAAGCCAUGGAAGUGGUGAAAACAUCUACGAAGAGAAGGAUUGGAACAGAAGACCCAGUCGUUGAAGCAGCCCUCGGAGAGAUAAACAAAAACAGCUAUUCCAACAAUGGCAUUAUUGCUGAGGGUGUCUUCAAGAUCUCAAAGAAGACAAAGAUACCAUCUAACCCUCCCAGUAAUAACUUCCUGAAGCAGGAUUCUUCACAGACAAAAGUUGCCACCAAGGUGGUGUCAGGUGCAUCAUGCAAUACCCAGACCACCCAGGGAAGACCAGGCACUCAGGAAGGAAAAUCUGCUGGACCAACCAGUUUCUACCAGCAAAUAGCCAACAUUAUGAUGGAAAAAGAAGGUGCUGGACUAGCCAAAAUGAUGAAGGGAAAACUAAAUGAACCAGUCAGUAGUCUCAAGGUACAGCCAGAAACUGGUCCAGCCAAGAUGGGCAAGAAAGAACAAGGUACUCAUUUAUUUUCAGGUAAUAAGAAAAUACCUUGUACUAGACCAGUUCCUGAUGACAAGGAAAUGAAUGGUUCUGGACCAGUUAAAAAGCUUGGUUCUGAACCCUGUCCUGGCCCAGUUUUUCAAGUUAACAAGGAGCUUGGGGCCAAAAAGGAGCAGUGCUCUUCUAGGCUCUGGAAGGAGCCAGUUCAAACUGUUGUCAAUGAGUUUGAGCAUCAUGAAAACUCAAGUAAAGUGAUUUGCUUUCCAAACAGAUACAUGCAGCACACUUACCAUCCAGAUGUCUGCUGUCGCCAUCCAAAUGAUCUUGAGGAGUCUGCCCAAAAUGGCUUCCCUAAGAUUUUGGCAAGUCUUACUAAGGAUCAUCCAAAGAAAUUCAAAGACUGUUCAGAUGACAAGACAGUAAUCAUGAAGGAUCUGACAGUUACCAUCACCAACGACAAGACCUUCCCGUGUAAAGAUAAGCUGAAGCAGGAGAAGAGUCUGAGUGAACGCACACCUGUGAAUUUCAUGGUCAAGACGAUGUCGUUCAAUACAGUGGAAGGCCAUUUGCUAUUUUCAACUUCCAUCACAAGUCCAUAUGCCUUGGAUCGACCAAUUGGGAUUAUGGAGCAUUCCAGUGGGGUCAUCUUAGUGUCGGACACAUUUAAUGACCGUGUGCUGCGUCUUGAUGAAAAUGGAGGUCCCAUCAACUUUGCUGGACCAUCCAUGUCAUUCCGCCGGCCCUCCGCCUUGGUAGAACUCAAGGAUGGCUCCAUUGCUGUCAUCUGCUUCAACUUCAUAGCAGUGUUUGAUGCUAAAGGAAAUUAUCUGAAGGUAUUAGGGAAAGAACUCCUUCAGAAACCUUAUGGACUGUGUUUGUCUGAAGACGGAAAGCUGAUGACAGUGGAAACAGCUUACCCUGGCACAUUAGUCAUUGUCACCCUGUGCCCUGAGCUGGAGUAUGAGUUGUCAAGAGUAAGAGUAUCACUAGGUCUCCAGCCUCUCCAAGCGGAGCUCAGCAAGCCCAGGUUCAUGGCAUGCUACAAGGACAAGGUUUAUGUGGGAGAUUUAGGGUUGAACUGUGUGUAUGAAGUGAACUACACCACCGGAUGUUUGCUGAAUACAUUUGGCAGCACAGGAACAUCUCCCGGGUGUAUGGUAGAUCCCUCGGGAAUCACUUGUGACCCUGAUGGCAACAUUUAUCUUGCUGACAGUCGCAAUCACAGAAUCCAGGUAUUUGAUUCUUGCAGAAGAGUCAUUUGCAUCAUUGAUGUAGACUACCCACUCAAUCGUCCUUCCGGAAUAUAUUUGACCAGAAAUGAAAAUCUGUUUGUGCUCAACUAUUGGGCUAAUUCUCUGGCAAAGUAUCGCUUAAAAUAUAAAUACAUCUGAGUACAUGUUCAUGAAUACACAAAUCAGUAGUAAUUUUGCUCCUCUUCUCCCUGUAUACCAAGGGGAAAUUUUCUAAUAAAAUAAUUCUUGAGUGUUUGAAAGGAGAAAGUUAAUGAAUCUGAAUUUUUUGUUAAAGGAUUAGUUAGGAUGAGCUCCUUAUGACAUAUUGUUCUUUGAACAAAAAUAAACUAAUUGAAAUCAGGUGA